AUGGGCAGCAUCAAUCCGCUUCUUCGCAUGCCCCAGAUCUGUCUGGAGGCGUCUAGGAAAAACGGUGUCCCGUCGCCGGCGUCAAGUGCCUCUUAUGAAGAUAGGAAACGCAGCCAAGAUGCCUAUCACGCGGCUCUCGUCCACUACAUAAAAGGCGAGUUCAUUCUUUCAUACCCCCUGAACUACCAGUGUCCACAUCCAGUCCUGGUGCCCAAUAGCUUUAUCGCAUCAUUGAAGGAAUUCCACGUGGCACUUUCGACUGCCUUGACGAACAUCGUGCAGAGAUGGGUUGUCGAUGAAGACGCGGACUUGCCCUCGCGCAUGCCGCUCGAAAGACACGAGGAGGAAAUCCUAAGGUGGAUUUAUCAGCUCGCGGAAGAUAAACAAUUCCCCGCCUACAAAGGCCACCAGGGCAAUUGGCGACCUGACUUCCUCCUGCCCGCCGACACAGUCGACGGGUUCAAGGUCUGCGAAAUAAAUGCUCGAUUCCCAUCUAACGGCAUCGACUUGGCCGCGUGGAUCUACAAGUCUCUGGACAACUCGGAAAUAAAGCCCUUGGAUCUUGAUGUCGCAGGAGACCCCGACCAUAUUCUGGGUCGUCUGCAGGCUCUUUUCCUCCCAAAGCCGCCUCUUCACGUUGUCCAAGACCUUGACAAAACCGCGAUGGUCGAGGCCUUCAACAGAGUGUUGGGCGAUUUGAAUCCGCGUAUUUUGAGCCCUCUUGAUCUGCAUCUUGUGCCAGAUGAGGCUUCGCCGACGGGUUAUAAGCUCCAGUGCGUGAGGGAGCCAGGCUCGUCUGACGACAAUCAAGAUGGCGAUACAGAGGAUAUCCACCAGGUGGCUCUUCGACUGUUUAUGACAGAAUUUGCCGCCCUCUCUCCCGAAAUGCAGCGACAGCUGGCGUUCCUCAGCGGCAACGAUAUCCGGACUAUAUUUCUGAUCCACGACAAACGCAUUCUAGGCAUCUUGCGCCAGGAAUUAGACGAUCUGGUCAGCAAACACCGUGUUCUCACCCAACGACAAGCCGACCUGCUGCGGGAGCGAGUCGUCUUCACCAUCCUCCCGGGAUCAAAAGAGCUUCAGCAGCUCAUUCACUCGCAUCGUGAAGGCAAGGUGUCCAAGGACGAGUUCAUCCUCAAGCCCAUCCGGUCAGGUCGCGGACAGGGAAUCGUUUUUGGCCAGGACCUAAGCACCUCCGAAUGGGAGGCUACUCUCGCCGACAUGCAGAACCCGGAAUUAACUCCUGGCCGAACGCUGUACAUUAUCCAGCCGGUGGUGGAGCAGGCUGAGGGGGAUAUGUUCUUGGAUGAGAAAGUGGGAGUGCAGCGAGUUCAGCGGGUGGGCACAUACCACAGCAUGCAUGGCGAGUUUGUGGCCUUGGGAGGGUGGAGAGCUGGCAUCUUGUCCAACCGAACUAUCAAUAUGUCGACUGGAGAUGCUUGGAAGAUGGGCAGUGUAGUGAGAAAGAUGAACUAG